CUCACCAGACCCUAUACCACCCCCCAAAAUCACCAAACGCUCUUCAACAGCUAUCACCACCAUAACCAACAUCAAGACUAACAAUAUGGCAAAACACAAGAGCUAUAACGUGGCACCGUCGCCGCCGUCGCGCCGCCACCGCCGCCGCCGGCGCAUCCUCCACCGCACCCACCUCCGACCCCCACCGGCGGGACAGCGCCCUGCAAGCGCUGACGGGGCGCAAUCCGUCGAUGCAACAGCUCCCCAUCAGCGUGGAACGCUGGCUCGAAGAACAAACCCAUUCGGGCACGAACGAAACCUGGCAUUAUGCCCAGGAAUCCUGUGCCAUCUGUCUCGAGCGCCUCAAAGUGGAAGUGGACGAAGACGAGAAGCUUCCCACGACUACCACCGACAUCACUACCAACAACCUCCCGCCAACACAACCCAAACCCGCCUGGAUCCCCCAGCGAUACUACCACGGCAGCAGCGGAGUGCUGGCACCGACCAACGCUGACUCCGAUCUCGAACGAGGCGUGGGAUUGGGCGAUUGGCGCCGCGGGUCGGUGCCGCUAUCAGUCUCAUCGUCGUGCUCCACAGAUUUAGACGCGGAGCAUUCCCAAAAGAACGAGAAACAGCAACAGGAUGAGGUGGUGGUGCUGAAUCGCUGCAGCCAUGUCUUCCAUGCCGCGUGCUUGGUCCUGUGGGUCGAGCAGCAUCGGUAUCGGUGUCCGAUCUGUCAGGCUUCGUUGAAGCAGAAUCCGUAGUAGUUGGUGGAUAGUGA